AUGGGUGGAAUCGCUUGCUACUUUCAGUUUGAUUCAAGUCAAAAUAAGGCUGUGCUUGACGAUGAAAAUCUCAGCAAGUCUCUCGAGUAUAUCAACCACCAUGGGCCAGAUUCCAUAGGCAUAUAUUUCUCGGCAUGUGGUCGUAUAGGCCUUGGCUAUGUUCAACUAUCCGUCGUAGGCACGGAUAACGGUCAGCAGCCUCUCUCUAAUCAAGAAAGUGAUAUUCAUGUCGUUGUGAAUGGUGAACUUUACGAUUACAAGCGUAUCAAAAGCAAGCUUCAAGCAAAGGGCUACCAGUUCAAAACCGAAAGCGAUAGUGAGAUUGCUCUGUUCAAGGGAGCGCUCUUGGUAGCAAGUGAAAUCAAGGCUUUUCUUCCGUUAGGAUGGCAACCAGAAUGGGAUGUUGAUUCUUUGAUGAACAAUGGCGUGAUGUUUGAUUGCAGAACAGUUUUCAAGGGUGUUAAUAAGCUGCCAACUGCUCAUUACAUGGUUGCUUCGUCUGCUGGAAGUAUACAAAUCAGACCUUAUUGGUGUCAAAAGUAUGCAAACAAACUUAUCCAGGACACUCGCACUGUCGAGGCCAUGAUCAAAGGCGUCCAAGUCCAUUUAGUGGAUGCUGUCAAGCAGCGGUUGGAGGGAAAUGUAGCUGUGGGAAUUUAUCUUGACGACAAUGUGAAUACGUGUUGCAUUGCUGGCAUUGUGAAGCAAAUCAGAAAAGAAACCAACUCAAAAGAGAAGAUCAAAGCAUUUUCCCUUGCUAUUGCGGGUGGUAAUGAAUUGAAUGAGAAUACGAUUGUUAAAAGAACAGCCGAGCUUUGUGAUGCUGAUUUAGAGAUACUGCAAGUGUCUGAAGAAGGCCUCCUGGAUAAAUCUGAAGAGUCGAUAUGGUAUGUGGAGCAACCUCAUUUGAACUUAUACGGUGUAGGAAGAUUUAUGCUUUCGAAAUUGGUCAGAGAUCAAGGCUACAAGGUGAUGCUCACUGGUGACGGGGCUGACGAGCACUUUGCUGGACACCCUCAUUUCAUCAAAGACUACCCUCGAGAAGCUGGCAGUAGUGUACCUGAUGGCUUUGGUUCAGUAUCCAAUGAUGAAAGAGCAGCACCUGCGCAGAAAAUGAACACUACAGAGAACAACAUUGGAAGAAAACACGUAACUGGCAGCAUGCUGAAUGGCUCAACUGCCCCUGCCUUUCUGGAAACAAGCAUCACUCUGGCACGGUCAUUUUACUCUGAAGAAGCAAUAAAGAAAUACAGCCAUCGAGAUCCUGCUCUCACCGUGGCAGAAGCAUUGAAUGGUAUAUCACGCAAUAACGCAAACAACAAGUGUCAUCCUCUUCAUACAGCAAUGAGCGUUCAAUGUACAACCGUGCUUGCAAAUCAUGUGUUGAGUUCUUUCAGUGAUCGUUCUGCAAUGGCUCAUUCUGUAGAGGUCCGUAUUCCUUUUCUGGACCACCAACUCUGCGAUUACGUGAAUAGCCUCCCUCCCUCUGUCAAAAUCAAGGCUGAAAAGGAUGGAACGCUUAUCGAUAAAUGGAUCCUGAGAGAAGCGGUUAAACCCUAUGUGACAACAGACGUCUAUGAAGGCAUUAACCAUCAGUCCUACUCUGCGUUAUCAUCAGACAGCACUUUUAUCAAAUUAUUGAAGAAGCAUCUUACAAAGGAAAAGAUUGAAAGACUUGGCUGGAUCAACUAUAACACAGCUAAGGCAGCCAGAGAAAGCUACUGCAUCACCAAGAGCCAUAAAACGUACCAGGAUCUUUUAGUCAUCAUGUCGUAUGUGGUGCUCUCUAAACAAUUCAAUGUAGCAACUGCUAGAUUUGAAACAGUGACAUUUAGUAAAACCAAACAAGUCAAUAGCGUCGAGAAACAAUCCUCUGAGCCACAUCGCAAUACCGUAGUGUCUAUUUUGCUCAAGAAGAUUGUAAUGGCCGUAGUCGCCAUUGCUCCUAUGGCGUGCUCCUACUAUCAGCAAUAA